CACUUAUAAUGCACAAAACUGUAUAUAUAAUACAGAAGUGGAAUUGAAAGGAUGCAUAUGCAAAUGUUCGUAAUGAUUAUUACUACAUCAUGGUUUUUCCCAUUGGAUGUCUGAAUCCCCGGGCCCCCUCCAUCAUGGCCAGCCGGGGUGGGGGCCGGGGUUGUGGCCGGGGCCAGUUGACCUUCAACGUGGAGGCUGUGGGCAUUGGGAAGGGGGAUGCUUUGCCCCCACCCACCCUGCAGCCUUCUCCGCUCUUCCCUCCCUUGGAGUUCCGCCCAGUGCCUCUGCCCUCAGGAGAGGAAGGGGAAUAUGUCCUGGCCCUGAAGCAGGAGCUUCGAGGGGCCAUGCGGCAGCUCCCCUACUUCAUCCGGCCUGCUGUCCCCAAGAGAGAUGUGGAGCGUUACUCAGACAAAUAUCAGAUGUCAGGGCCGAUUGACAAUGCCAUCGAUUGGAACCCUGAUUGGCGACGUCUGCCCCGGGAGCUAAAGAUCCGAGUGCGGAAGCUACAGAAGGAACGGACCACCAUUAUACUCCCCAAGAGACCCCCUAAGACCACAGAAGAUAAGGAGGAAACAAUACAGAAGCUAGAGACUCUGGAGAAGAAGGAGGAAGAAGUGACUUCAGAGGAAGAUGAGGAGAAAGAAGAAGAAGAAGAGAAGGAAGAGGAAGAAGAAGAGGAAUAUGAUGAAGAGGAACAUGAAGAGGAAACUGAUUACAUCAUGUCAUAUUUUGACAAUGGGGAGGACUUUGGGGGUGACAGUGAUGACAAUAUGGAUGAGGCUAUAUACUGAAGACAGACUCUAAACAAUACCCUGGACCUUCAUAUCUUUCUUGAUUUAGGACACAGAGACUAACUGGCCCCUAUUAUUUGGUUUUGUGGACAAGCAAGUCCUUUGCUUAGAAUCCAGCUAACCUGUUUGGUCCUUGGAGACGGAAAUGGAGAGUGACAGUAGAUAGCUCUCUUUUCUGCACUUACCCUCCCUCUCUCCUGUGGUGUGGUAUCUCCUCUGAUAUCUUGGGAAAAAGGGCAAAGGACCAGUGUCUCAGUUGUAUGAAAGGAAAAAAGGAGGGUCAAAACGAGGACUGGAAUUGUUAAGAGCUGAGGUAGCUGUACACACGCCCCUACUAUUUUUUAUAGUUCUUUCUGGGUGUGAGCAGUUAAGAGGAAUAAGGGCAGUUUUACAGUUUCAAUAAAAUGUUUUUAUCUGUCUCUCUGUCCAGGGUGAGGCCUAGUUGGGAGAGGGCUGGAGGAAUGAAGGGGAUGCCUAGUAAACCUUUCUUCUCUCCUUACCUGUUGAGAGUCCAGUGUAACACACUGGGCACUACAGCCUUCCUGUUCUUUGCCCCUUCCCUCCUACCCCCCAUGGUGGGACACCUAGUCCCAACAUAGCUCUGCCAAGGAACAUUCGGAACUCAUCUGCAGGGCAACACGGAGUGAGCUGUAAACAGCCCAUGCCCUGAAGACCAGCUGGUUUCUGAGCUUCUGGUCCUCAGGCAAUGGGGACGUGAUUGUCUCUGUUCACAUGUGUUCAUGGGACACAGGCUCUCACGUUCCCACACUUGACCUUGAUCUUGUCCUUGUUUACAAGGAAUGAUUACAGCUAUUUUUGUGGAGUCAAGAAAACCAGGUGUGGGGAGGGAGGAGGUGCUGAUUGUUCUUUAGCACACUCACUCACCCUCUUCCAGACCCUGGGAACCCCACUUUGAAGGGUGUGUUGUGAAGACGGAACUUACUGAAUAUCUUAUUCUCCACUUGCAGAAGCUGCUGUGUGGCUGAGUUGCAGUUUCUCUUCUGUGGAAUUUAGUUAGCCUUUCUCUCACUCACUUGGUGUGGAGGGGGAUGGGGUAGGCAGUACUGCUUUACAGGAAGUAAGGAGGGUGCGGAGGAAGGGAGUGACUUAGGGACACUCAGCUCUAGGAGGUGCUUUUUCCGCCCACACAGUCCUCCCGUUGGGUGAGGUCACUUCCCUAGGCUCUGAUUGGCUUCUGAGGAAGCCUUAGACGUACUGAUUGGUUCCAGCCACUUGACAUGCAACAGUCACGGGCGAGCUGCGUGUCCAGAAUAGGGACUGGAUAAGGAGACAGGCACAGAGCUGUGGAUGCUGUCAUAGCGACCUUACUAAACAUUUGAAAGCCAUAAAGAUGGGAGGCGGGAGAAACUUCCAGAAAGUCCCCAGCCAUAUUUAGGCAGGCAGAUUGAAUUCCCUGCGGCAUCAAGUGCUAGAGACUGGCAAUCUACUCUUAGAUAUUUUUGACCCCAUUGUAAAGAAGGAACAGGGGCUGUGACUCCAUUGAGGGAAAGCACCUUAAAAGCCAGGUUUGGGUGUGGUAGUAAGUGUUAGGUAGUAAGUGUGAUAGGAAGACGCAGCCACGAGAACAGAGAAGGAAACUGAAAUACAACAUUCCAGAGUUAUUGAGCAAUUUGUGAUGAUUGGUGUGUUUCCUUUUCUAAUUCUCUGAGGUAUUGUGUGACUGUGUUGGAGGGAGGGGCUAAGGGACCUGUCUCAGGGGUUUUCCAUAGACAUACACAGUGAUUGUGGCUAGGAAGAA